AUGUUUUUUCUAAUGUUAGCACUGUUCAUCGCUGGUGUAACAGCUGUGCCGGCUGACCUGGAGUCUGUCCACGAUAUUGAGGGACGAACACUCAAUGAACGACAGUGUCAGCCCUGUGGAACUUAUUGCUGCGACUACGCCAACAACUGGGUUUGCAAUACUUAUUCUACUUACUGCUCAUACUCUUACAAUAUACCUUCAAUUCCACCCCCAACCCCAGCUUAUUACUCUACUCCAAAUUACUACACCGCCCCUUCUCCAACUCCUGUUUCCUCUACCACAUGCUCCACUUAUGAAACAACAUGCGGCUCAUAUUGCUGCAACGAAGCUACUCAGUCUUGUAAGACUGAUUCCUCCGGCAGUGACUACUGCGGAACCAAGUACUCAGAGCCGGACGGCACCAGCUCCAAAUCGAGCAAGAAGAUACCUGGUAAAGCCAUUGCUGGAAUUGUGAUUGGAGUAUUGGCAGCACUUUCACUGAUUGGAAGUGGGAUCUUGUAUUGUUGCUGUGGUAUUGGAAGAAAGAAGGCUGCGGAGCAAAGCACGCCAAUUGAGCCACCUGGAUAUGAUGACGGAUCCAAGAAUGUGGAGCCAGGUGUUGCACAAGUUGCUCCGGAGAAGAAUUGA